AUGUCAAGUAAACAGUGGACGCUGCUAUACACAGCUCAAUCAUAUGAAGAAGCAAAAGAUUUAGCAAAAUCACGUUUUAAUGUUUGCCAAAAUCGACGAUCAGAUUUAAACGAUCAAACAAAAUAUUCAUUUAAAUGUAGUGAAUACAGGAAAUAUCCUUUAUGUCAUUUUCAAAUAAAAAUUAUCGUCCCAGACAACAAUAUGAAUUCUAUAACAAUUAUGUCCAAAAAUGAACAUGAACAUGAACAAAAUGAACGAAAUACAACAACAAGAUUACCAUCGCCAAUACGUGAAUCCAUAUCUAACUAUGUCAAAUGUGGAUUAUCACAACCUCAAAUUAAAGCAUCAUUGAUAUUAAAUUAUCCACAAAGUCCAAUUGAUCAAGUUAAAUUAAGUAAUAAAAUAGUUUAUGAACGACGAAGAGAUAGACCAGAAAUAUUUUCGGUUUAUGAUUUACGAAACUGGUGCAGUCAGCAUCAAGAAGGUGAGCGAUUACACUCUACUUUUGUCCCUUUCUAUACAGUUGAUGAUAUAAAUAACUUAUUUAUUUUUUUCACAACAAAACAAUUGUUUCAGCAAAUUCGAUUAACAACAUAUUUACAAAUUGAUGCAACUUAUAAACUCACCUGGAACAAUUUACCUCUUCUUGUAUUUGGAUCAACUGAUGCUAAUCGUCAUUUCAAACCAUUCGGCAUUGCACUUAUUUCUCAUGACGAAAACGCUGAAUGUUAUAAACAAUUAUUUAAUUCAAUAAAUACAUUAGCUAUACAAGAAUUCAACCAUCCAUGCUUAAUUAAUCAAUUAAUGGGGGAUGGUGCACAAGCAAUUACAACGGCCCAAGAAUUGUUGUUCCCUAGUUGUCGUCGUUUAAUGUGCUGGCGUCACAUGAUACAAAAAUGUCGAUCACAUCGUAAUUUAGCAACAAAAGAAGAUUGGAUAAUUAUUGAUAAGGAUAUUCAUGUAUUACACCUUGCUUUUACUGAUGAUAUAUUUAAUCUUGGUCUUAAAUUGUUACUACAAAAAUGGAAUCUCAUUCCAACUAUGCAAAGAUUCACCGAUUAUUUCAUUGAUCAAUGGGUGUCUAAAUUACGUUAUUGGUACGAAGGAGCUGCAUUUGGUAAACCAUCCACUAACAACGGCGUUGAAUCAAUUAAUGCUGUUAUAAAAAAAAAAUAUACAUUACGCAACAAAUUACAUUUAUCUGCAUUCUUACCUAAAGUGGAAACUAUGUUAUUUGAGUGGUCAGAGGCCAGUAUUUCAUCACCAUUUUCUACUAUAACUGAUAUAUCUUUGAAUGUUGAAUUACAUGCAUACAAAUGGUCAUUAAAUGUUAAUCGAUCUGAAAUUUUAAAUUGGUUUAAUAAUCAUUACAUUGUUCCUUCCUCAACUGCAAUCAUGACAACAUCGGCGUGGUUAAAUAUUUAUAAAUCAAAUCAAUGGCCAUCAUUUGACGAUUACGCCGCAUGGAAAUCAUCAUGCUGGAUGGUAUCACCACUUGCAUCUUGUACAUGUCCAAUUGGACUUAAAGAAUACAUAUGUAAACAUUCCAUUGGAUUAGCUAUUAUAUUGAACAUGCAUCAAAUUAAAGAUGAAACUCGUUGUACGCCAUUGGGAAAACGAAAAACUCCAGGACGUCCAAAAAAAGUUCGAACAGCAUGGUUACCAUGA